CGUCCUUGCCAGCUCACCGCCGUGUUCUCUCUUCUCGCGGGAAGUGGGAGGGGAGGGGGAAGAUCGUCCCCCACCACCGCGCUUUGCCUUACCGUCGACUCUCCCCACUCCUCGUCCAUCCCCACCACUUGGCGCGCUAUGUAAGAGCCCGCACAUGUUACCCCGCGUUCCAGUCUCGCAGCGGCACUCGCGAGCAUCGUUUUAUACGCAUCGAAACGUGGUUACGGAUUGCAGGAAGGGGACGAUAAAGCGCGUUCUCUCUCUCUCUCCCCUUCUCAUACACGGAUACAAACUACCUAUACGGACUUCGUUAUUACACACAGGUAUACGAGUCGGGAGGACGGUGUGUACGUACGCGUGCGCGCGAGGAGUUCUUUUCAGUGCUUCGCUCGGAGGCCCGACACAAUCUCAGUCGCGCAACAACCGCCUCGCGAAGGUCGAAGAGCAGUUAAUCGAGGGAGCGACGAUAGGACACGAGAGAGAGAGAGAGAGUGAAAAGAAAGGGAGCAAUCCGUCACCGUUUCUACCCCAUUUCCACGUGUAUCGGCAAUCUUUUCUUUUUUUACUUUUAUAUAUACGUACAUCGUGCAAUUUUGUGGAAUCUUGUCUCGAGUGAAGUACUUACUUUACCCCGCUUCAGAUUGAUCUGUUACUUUCUACCCUCCUCAUCGCGCGCGAGUGUUGAGUGAAAGAGGAAGAAAUUUCGUUCCCAAGGACCAUUGCAGUGUGGUGGAUAAAUCGCAGAGCGUGACGUCGAUCAUCGGGAGCAGUGCGAGAGAAACGGACACAUCCUGAGAUAUUCGCGACUACUGUGACUCGCAUGACGACAGUCGGCGCGCGGUGAAAAAUCAACGGUCAUCACAUCCGGCAGCUCCGUUAGUCGGGCACACGUGUAUAUAACACUCCAACUCCAUCUCCGGAACAAUUCCCCGCCGGUGGCAAGACGGCCGAUCGUGUGGACGUCCUCGGUGCUAUCCCGGUGCGAGAGACGACAACAGCCCAAAGAUUCUUCCACCAAAGGCCAAGAUGCAUAUCGAGGUGCAGGUGGCGCUUAACUUCGUGAUAUCGUAUCUCUACAACAAACUGCCGCGCAGACGGGUCAACAUCUUCGGCGAGGAGCUCGAGAAGGCGCUCAAGGACAAGUUCAAGGGCCAUUGGUAUCCGGAGAAACCGUUCAAGGGCUCGGCAUUCAGGUGCCUGAAAACUGGCGAUCCGGUCGACCCGGUGCUGGAGCGCGCUGCGAAGGAGAGCGGCGUGCCGAUCCAGGACAUCCUGGAGAACCUGCCGGCUGAACUCGCUGUCUGGGUUGAUCCCGGCGAAGUGAGCUAUCGAAUCGGCGAGUUGAACGCCGUGAAGAUCCUGUACUCGGAGACUGGCGACCCGCACGACGAAACCUCGGCCGAUCGCGAGGUCACUAAGACUUUCAAUCCGGAAGCGCAGUGCUUCAGGCCGAUCGAGGCCGUCAGCACGUCCCUGAGCGGUCUCAGCCUCAGCCCCAAGUCCACCUCGCCGUUCUCGAGCUCACUCGGCAGUAACACCAGCAACGGCUCGUCCAACAAUCAGCAGAACGGCCACGGGUCCGGCUCCUCGUCGGCACCCUCGCCCACGCCCAUCACCAGCUCCUUUAAGGGCUCGCCCAGCCCCGUGCCGGCCUUCAUCCCGCGUACCACCGCCCCGCUUACCUUCACCACCGCCACCUUUGCCCAGACCAAGUUUGGCAGUACCAAGCUUAAAACUAGCAGCAAACGCGCCAAUAGGAUGUCGCCCACCGAGUUCUCAAACUAUAUAAAGCAGCGCGCAGCGAUGCAGCAGCAGAUCCACCAUCACCACCACCAUCAGCAGCAACAGCAGCAGCAGCACCAGCAGCCACCGCAGCAGCAGCCACCGCAGCAGCAGCAGCAGCAGCAACAGGUGACCGCGGCCGGUGCAGCAGGUCUGCCGGUCUCGCAGAGUUCGCCGCGUAGUCGCAGUCUAUCGCCCGGUAGCAUAGUCGCCGCGGCGGGUGCCGCGCAACAGCACACGGACCCGAGUGCGUACUUCUUCCAACACGGCCCGGCCGCAGCAGCGGCGGCGGCGGCGUAUCACGCGCAGUUCCCUCAUCGCAACAUCUUCGACUCGUCGAACCACGGCGGCUAUCUGCCGGCCGAUCUCUAUGCCGGUGCCAAAUUCCCAUCGUCGUAUCUCGACCCGACCGCGCUCGCCGGCCAUCAAUUUUACGGCGGCGGCAUGAACGGAACGGGCGCCACCGGCACCGGCGGCAGCGUGAACGGCGCGGGUACAGGCGCUGCCGGCACUCAGAGCGCUGGCAGCGGUAACCUUGGCCCAAUCGGCUCCGCGACGACUAACGCCGGCGCGGCAGCGGCAGCGCAACAGCAACAGGACAAGAGCGCCCUGGUCGAGGGCCUCAACAACUUCGGCCUCGGCUCGGUCGCGCCCUAUCCGGCCAAUCAGUAUCAGCAUCUGCUCGUGGCCAACUAAUACCUCGCCGCGCGUGCUCAUCAAACCAUCAAUGUCGGCAAUGCUGCCGCGGUGGGUCGCCGACAGCAGCGGCGUCCCGACGCGCGCGGUCCCGCCUUCGUCAUCGGUGCCGCUGGUCCGACAGCGGGCAGGAAGGAGAACGGGAGGCCGUUGUCUCCGAGGUUCCGUCGUCGAGACGGCGUCCAGAGUCCGGCUUCCGUACCUUGAUAACUGGAGUCUGUCCCAGACUCUGUAUCUCUCUUCCCGGAUCGCGCCAGCAAAUGGUCGACAAGAUUCCAUCUAUCUUCUCCCGCGAUUCUCAUCCAGACGCUUUCUCAGGAUGCUCUUUCAUUCGAUUUUUCUCAAUACAAGGAACUACUUUGUACACGUAUACACAUUGUAGGUAGUUAUCGACGACCGGAGGAGAGAUAGAGAGGAAGAGAGAGCGGCCGUUUGGGCGAUCGACACCGAUGACGAUUACGGCAGCGAUCGAGGCGAGGAAAGAAGGUGCGAUUGGACGGAGAGCGUGUGCGUGUAGAGCCUGAUUCCGAGAUGUACGUCUGAUUGCGAGGUAGCGUAUGCGUGGAAAACGUCUUAGGCGUGGAGGAGAGAAGAGGAGGAAAAGGAGAAAGGAAAUGGUUAAAAACGACUAACGAGAGCGUGUAUAUGUGUUAAAGUUGAAACAUCCGAUAAAGACUUGAUUGCAAUGCGACGGCGCGAGGCGCUCGUUGGACGAUUGCCGCAUCAUGCCGUGUAACUACUGUACACAACACUCACACACAUACACACACACACACACACACAAACGCAAAGAUAUACGCAUAUAUAUAUACGGCACACCGGCAAACGUUUGAACGACACGCCGACAUCUGGGAUAGUAAAGACGCACUCGACGCGUUACACAUAGAGAUACACACGACACGUAAACAUACCAUUAUAUAUGCAUAUGCAGAUGUAUACAUACCGAUCUUCCCUUAAAACGAUCCUAUACAUACGAUACGAACCCACACGGGCAUACUAUGUAGAUCACCAUACGUCACACGCGAGACACAUACGUAUUGAGGAAAAAGAGAAAAGAGAAAUUACAUAUAUACGCGAACACUAACCCACACACAGAUAUUACCAAUGUGUAAUAAUUUAUUUUUUCACUGGUAUAUAGUCGGAAAGAAUUGAAUAAUGAAUAUAUCUGUAGAGCCUAUGUAUUAUAUUCAAGAUAUGCACACUCACUCUUCACGGGUUCUCGCGAAACGGUGUAGGAACUACAACAACACUUGUCCCCGACUCGUGUCGAGCGAACCAUCGCCGAGAUUAGAUCGAUUUAAGGCAAAGGUGUCUUCCAAGCUUUCUCCACUUCGAGACGUCGCUUGCGUUUCGCGCAGACCGAAUGGAUAAUGCAUUCCGGGUUGCAACGCGGAAGCUAUUCAGGCACUAAAUACGUAAAGCGCGCGUCUGUAAACGAAUCUGAAGAUGGGAUCGCGGGUAGCUUCCCCGCGUAGAAUCUUCGAAUAGAGAGAAAGGAAGAACCUAGAUAAAAUAAAUAACGGCUUGUUCAUUCGCACGAGACGGUACAGUAGCAUGAAGAGGAACAACAUGAUCGAGAUGAAGGAUCGAACCUUCCACGAGUAUAAUGAUAGCGUAGGGAAAGAGAGAGCUGCUCGCAGUUUUAUACCGUUCGGAAAACUCGUCCUCGGUACGAUUUUACAUUUUAUUUUUAUAAUAAAUGCAGUAGAAUGUAGGAGAGAAAACGAGAGAGAAAGAGAGAGAGCAAGAGAGUGUGUGGCGAGUGAUGUGCAGUAGGAGAAAGAAGAAGAGGAGCAAAGGAAGAAGUAGAAAAAGAGCCAGCCGGUGUGUUCGCAAGGGACGUUGAGUGGCCUCGUUGCCGGUCCUCGCCCGCCCCAGAAAAACCAUCGGGAAUCGAUUUCCUUUCGAGAUAUUGCCUUUCGAUUUGACAUCCGGAGUCGAUGACCCUCCAAGCUGUCAGAGAAAACCUCUUCGAAUCGUUAAACCACGGCCCCUUUGCCGUUAUGUGUUUGAACGAAUCCGGAAGUUCCCUCUCAUUAUUAUUUUAUAUAAUCGUUGUAGAGAGUACUCUAUUUAUAUAAAUAAUUAUUCAUAGACGAACAAGAAACGUAAUUUGUUGGUCAAAAUAAAUUACUUCAAAUACGAUAAUUAAAAAAAACGAUUCGAAGUUUAGCAGCAAAGUUGAUUCCUCGUUCCUGGCAGCGUCCUUUUAAUCAAACUGAACGCAGUCACCCGCUGAGCUUUACGGUGCUAAAAACAAAAGAAUCAAGUACAAAGAUAGUGCGAAAAAGAGAGCCAAUCCAAAAGAAGAAUGAUCGUGCGGGCGGGCGGGAGACAAUCUUGCGAGAGCAACGAGUUGUCACUUAGCGUUCACGAAAUUAAUUAGGUGAUUACGUAAUUAAAAGGCCGCACGUUAUUGUCGACGAGCUCGUCUGAUCGCGAGAAUCGCAUCGAAAUUCGAUCGUCUCUGCAUUUCAAUUAUGGCGUUAAACAAUUAUUUCAUUUAUUAUAAAAUUUUUUUUUAAAAUCUGCUCCAAUAUUCUUGUUGCAAAUGAGUCUAGCAGCUUAAUUUUUAAUUCGAUCACGAUUGAUUUUUACUACAAAAUAUUCAUUUUAAAACGUCAUCAGAGUUUCACUGUUAGCUUUUGAUAUAAAAAAAAAACACGAUUCCACCCUCAAAUGAUAUUUUGCAAUGAAAAUUCCUUUUUUACUUGAUCGAAACCGUCUUCCUUUUUAAACUCGUCUGUACAAAAGAUAAUUAUGGGUCGUGUUUUGACCACUAGCUCCAUAUAUUCCAUCCAGUUUCGAGAUCGUGUCUCGAAUCAAUAAUGGAACUAAUAAAGUUACUUUAUAAUCCCCACAAGAUAAUAAUAAUAAUAAUAAUUAAUAAUAAUAGUAAUAAUAACGCUCGGUGUAUAUGUGAUUUGAGAAACUUGAUUCAGCGGGAGUUUCGCGGAUGUUGGCGAGAUGGAUUUUCCACUGUCUGCGAGAACCAUGCGCUUAAUUUCUUGCGAUAAUCGCGAUUGACGGUCUUGCUGAUAAGAGCCGACAUUAACGGCGGCGGAGGUGCCGCGAGCCGCGGGCCGCGCGCACUAGGUGCUAAAAGUAUUCAAAAGUGUUUAAUCCUGUGGUCGUGGGACAUAAUGCGAGGAGAACGGGCCCGAGGGGAGGGAGGGAAUCCCGGAGAUCGCCGGUCCGAUCCGAUUAGAUAGCGCGUCUCCUCUCCUUAGACUAAUUUCUACGGCAACAUGAUCUCUAGGGACGAAAUGUGUGUGAUUGAGUCGUUCUUUCUUAUGCGCACUUUUGUAUAGAUCUUGUAGCGAAUUAUCCUUAAUCCCCCUAGUUAAUGGACGAUCCUCCCCGCUGCGGCAAUCCAAAAAAUCCUUGUCCUUAGAACGUGUGAUCGCGAAUUUCCCGGAACUGCGUUUCAAAAAAAGAAGAGAAUCGUUUUUUUACAUGGCACCUUGGUCCAAAGCGUAGUUGAACAUAGUUGUAGAUUUGAUAAUCACAAAUACGCUUUAGAAAAAAUGCGGGGAUGGUCGGCGGAUGGUCUCCGGGCGGGCCCGGUGGGUGUGAAACAAGUUUUAACCGCGAAAUUAACUAAGUAGACGUGAGGGUGGACGCUGAUAAAGGACAGAAUCCUUUAGUAAUAUCUAAACUUAAUUGUAACUAUUAACGAUACGUACGACUGUGGUAGCUAUGCUAGUACCUGCUAUUGUUAAAGAGAAAUUGACGAAGAUGCGAGUAAGAUAGAGACGAUGAAUGGAAGGGGAAAAGAGGGGGGAAAAUGUCGCUGGAAAAGAUCGAAUUGCAAUAUGAUAUCUCGGUGCGUAUCGAGAUUACUGAUCGACUCUCGAUUUCUAUAUAAUGAGAAAUUUCUUUAUCGAUAAAUAUUUCUCAGUUUACUUCGUCGAUUUUGUGAGAAUUUGUUAUUACAAAAUUAUUAAAAUUAUUUUUAAAAAAUUAUUAUCUUAUGGAAUACUAAUGUCGAUUUUCCAAGCAAUUAAUCGUAAUGCAAAAAUCGUUUCGAUGAUAUCUGAUGAGUUUAUCUUCUUUUUAGAUGCGCAUUCGAGUAUCAUUGUGAGUCGAGACCAGUUUCGCAACGCGUUCCGUCAACGAAUCUCGUAAACGAUGAUGCCAAGAGAAUUCAUCUUGCGAUGAAAUGGAUCUGAAUCGAAAUUUUUCUCCUACUUUCGAUCUCAAUUUUUAAUCCACCAUCUACUUUGAUACUUUAAAUAGUAUGAUCUCUUCUUUUGAAAUUGUUUAAUCUGUAAUUAUGCCAAACACUUCUUUUUUAAAUAAUUUAAUCUCUUAAUGGGAAACUAUUUGUUGCCUAUUUGAGGUAUAAAGAUAGAAAUCUAACUUCUACAUAAAUUAAAUAUCGAAAUUUUCCAGAAGCCAAAGGAUGAGAAAAUUAAAGAUGAAAAUAGAAAUAAAAUUUCGACUCGGAACACUCCUUGCUUCCGUCGUCCCAUCGCGAUCGAAAGGACGCUGCGUUUAUUCUCGUAAAUUUUCUAACAAUUCGAUUGAUUUCUUGAGCGGCACGGUUUUCUUUCAUUUAUACGACGAAAAUUAAAUCGGGGAGAAAAUUCGUUGGUCUUCGCAUCGCCGGAUUUCGCGCGACUAACUUUGCGGGCGAGAGGAGAUUCCGGGCAUGCGAGAGAAGUUCUUUCUCUCUUCAGGCACGAGAUCGCGAAAGUUUCGACGGCGCACCGUCGCGUUCUGCUGACAUUUCGAGAACAGCCGGACGACGAAGAGGACGGUUGAAAAGAAAUCCGCGCGCGGACGGAAAACUUUAGAAAUCAUCGUGUCCGCGGAAACUUUACAGACUUUAAACGAAUCUCGGGCCUUCGGACUUUUGAACGGCACUUGAAUAACACACGACUUUAUAUGAAAGACGUCGACUUGUAUAGUCGACGUGUACGCGAUUCGAAAAUUUCACGGUCCAGCGAGGGCGACGGAAAGGAAGGAGGGAGGGAGAGACAAAGGCGGAGAAGAUGGACGACGGAGCACAAAGUGCGAAAUUACGGGGAUAGGACACGAGGACGCAGGAGAGAGCAAGAGUGGCAACUCAUAAUGCAAUAAGUCGCGAAUCAAAUGGAUCUCGGGCUUGAGAUGAGAGGCUCAGAUUAGCGAAGAAUCAAACAUGAUGUAUACUCUUCAAAACAAACAAAUAAACAAACAAAAGUGAAACUAAGGGAAUAAAAAAAAAAAAGGAAUAUACUAAAUACAUAGGAAACGCGCGCAAUAAAAUGCGCAAUUGGGCGCGAAUAGAGCAGCGCGAAUCAACAGUGAGAAAGAGAGAGAGAGAGAGAAAGAGAAAAAGAGAAAGUGAGAGAACGAGAGGAAAAAGUUAAGCGAAUCUAUAAUUAAUACUGAUAGAGCAUAUACUAAUUGAGAUACAUAAAAAAAAAAACAUAUAGUAUUAUACGUUUACGAUACGAUUGUAAUGAAUACUUUGUAAGAAAAAAAAAAUUAUACAUAGUUUUUUCCAUACCCCGUAAAAUGGAUGUGACUAAUUCGUUGAAAGGGAAAGUUCAGACAGAAAUCACACAUAUAAGUAAGUGUAUACAUAUACGCGCACACAUACACACAUACAUACACAUACAGGUUCGUUCAAAGUCACUCGGGUAUAUACAAGAGUUUACAAGCAGAAAAAAAAAGAAGUCAGUAAUCUGUCUCUUUAAAGUAUCAUGUGUCUAUAAACUAUAGCGAGAUCGAUAUUGUCUCUUACAUAAAUGGCAAAAAAUAAUACAAAUAACCGUGGUAACGUCGUGUAAAGUAGCGAUAAACAAACACACUCUGCAAUAUAUAUAUAUAUAUAUAUAUAU